AUGGACGAGCUCCGAAAUAGACUUUACAGUCUCACGGACUGGGGAUAUGUCAUUUAUCGCACUACCUACUCUGCUGAAUCCGAUGCUGUAUUCCCAGGUGCUAUUAGUGAUCCCACGCAAUUCAACGGGACGUCCCUCGAGGCAAUUCGUGCUCAUUUCGAAGCCUGGGUGGAUGCCCAAGACAGACAUGAUAAUUGGAACAAAUUUCGAAUGUGCAUUAUCAUCUAUGAAGAAACCCUACAGGUGCUCAAAGGGAUAUCGACCCUGAAAAUCAAGGGCCAGGGUAUUUUGAGGAAGAAUUACGAUAUGUGA